CCUCCUUCCAUUACUUAACAUUAAAUUUUCCAACUCUUGCUCUUUCCGACUUUCUCUAAUUUGAUUCUAUAAAUAAUCAUGUCUACAUCAAGAAUUUCAUCACUCAAACAGCCUCCUUGCUAUUUUUCACUCACAAUCACAGUAAGCAGCAAUGAUAACUUAUCAGCUCUUGCUUCAGAGUUGAACCCGGCCACUGUUCUCAGGCUGCCAAUCGUCUUCUUUGUUUAUAGGAGACGAGUACCGUCAAAUGGCGGUGAGUUGAUGGGCCUCGAGAGCCUCGAGAUGCUCAUAACUGAUCAAAAGAUUCCUCAUGUCAGUGACAGCUCGAGGACAACAUUCACCAACAAAAGCCAGUCCAGGAGAAAUGUAUACAGCGGGAAAAGUGUUGCUGGUGUAGGAGAUAAGAAUAAAAGUUUUGCCCACAGCUCUAUCACCGACAUUGACGCACUUUAUAAUAUGUCGUAGAUGUUGUUGUUGUUGAUGCUGAUGCUGCAGACACAGAAGCUGAAAUUUAUUUGAGAUAUGAGAAUAGGACUCUCUGAUUUAGCUUCUCUUUCUCUUUUUGUGCACUUGGUUAAGUGUAGUUUGGUGGAUGUACUUACCGUGUCAGCUUGGAUAAAUGGACUUGCACGUGUAUGAAGUUUAAGAUUUGUGGUAUUCCUUGUGAGCAUGCCUAUGGAAUCAUUUUCA